UGCUGUUGCUAGUGUUUCCUUUCUCUUAGAGUGACACACACAUAAAUCAUCACUUCACUUUGCUGCUCUGCACCAGAAGAGUGAACGUCUGCAGGAGGAUGCUGAUCCUGACUGACUGAAAGCUGACAUCGGUCCUACAACAUCUUGAUUAUCUUAAUCUGGGGCCAAGAGGGAUGGAGGCAGAAGUCUGCAAUCCGGGCAUAGCGAUGGAUUCAGGUAACCCUUUGCUAAAAGCAGUUUUCCUCAGACGACUGAGGCUCACCAGGCUGCUUUUAGAGGGUGGUGCAUACAUCAAUGAGAGUGACGGCCAAGGCCAGACACCCUUAAUGGUGGCUUGUCGGACCAAGCAUGUCGACUCCCAGAGUGCCAGUCGGGUUAAGCUGAUCCAAUUUCUCUUGGAGAGAGGAGCAGAUCCAAACAUUCAGGAUAAGGAAGGACGCUCUGCGUUGAUGCACGCCUGCCGGGAUCAGGCUGGUCCCGAGGUGGUGUCUUUGCUCCUGGCCAGCGGAGCUGACAUCAGCUUAGAGGACCAGUCCGGAACGUCGGCAUUGGUCUACGCGGUCGUGGCCGGAGACUGGAAGGUACUGAAGCUUUUGCUCGACACAUGCAAGGCAAAGGGGAAGGAGGUGAUCAUCAUAACCACUGACAAGUUUCCAAAUAGAAACCUGUCAGCCAAGCAGUACCUAAGCAUGCCUGUAGCCGAUCCCGUCAAUGAGACCGAUCCGAUGACAGCAGCGCCUCCUGCGUCUCCCUCUGAAAUACAGCUGAUCACCUCCCCGCAGUGCACGUCCUCCUCUUUAUGUCCCCCCAAGCAAGUGUUUUCUUUUAAGGAAGGACAGAUCUGCGGUGCCAGCUCCCAUCCGUGUUCGCCGUCUCGGUUUCGAGGACUCGGUCAAGCAACGCCUGGCGGACUGCAGCAACCUCUACAGAGACUGAACUCCGAGCCCUGGUUAAAGAUUCCAGCAUCUCUGCUUUCUGAACCACGCCAGGCAACUUUUAACCAGACCGAAGAUAUUUCCUUUACAGUUCCCAACCUGGAGAGGGACAGCAGCAAUAGCCUCAAAAGCUUCAGACAUUAUGGAAGAAGAUUAGCAAAGGAUAGAAGCAUAGAAGAUGGCAAGAAUGACUGUAGUGAACAUGAAGGAGACAUGAUUUCUUUAUCAGGUCUGCUUUCGUCCCACUCUGCCUCUCACCCCAACCUGCACUCUGGAACUCAUGGCACUGACCCAGCCGCCGGUUCUUCAGCUCUCUGUAGUGCCAGCAACCUUAGUGCGACCUUUCACAGCACGGCCUCAUCCAGCCUUAAUCAUGUCAUACAGACACACAAGCUGAGCGCAGACAUCUACGGCUCCGACCCACAGCUAGCUGUGGAUCUUCAAAGUCUCUCCGAAGAACAGAGAGACAAAGCCCCGUUGGAUGGCAAGAAACUGGCGCCGAUGCGUUGCUCGACCACCAUGGGCUCCAGGGACUCCCUGAAAGGCCAUAGCAAGAGAGUCUUCUCUUUGUAUGAGCGCCGGGGGUCUGGGACGUUCCUGCUGGAUCACAACCAUCAGGCCAGGCCAAGAUCUCUGCCACCGUUGACCAAAAACCCCAGCAUCAACGUUGCUAGUAACAGUUUGGGCAACGGAAGCGGUUUCUCCGAAAAAGAGCUUGGUCAGAAGGGUUUCCUGCCCAGCGCCCCACCUGGACAACCCAAGGAACUGACCCGGAGGAUGCUGCUGAGGAGACACUCGAUGCAGACCGAACAGUUCAAAAGCUCCGUCUGAAAGGGGAAGGGAGAGUUCACUGUGUUCUAGGUGGCUUCCGUUGGGAAAUCAUUGGGAAAUUUGUCACGAUAAAAAUAAAUGAAAAAAAACAAAGUAUACACCCUGUUGCAGAUUGAAAGACAAGCUAAUCUUGACCCAAUAUGUUCAGCAUUGAUUUCCAAUGAAUGUCUGUUUUAUUAAUGGAAAUGGAAUAAACCAACCCUCUAAGCCAGAACCUGGUUGACCCGCCCUAAUGAACAACAACGAGAAAAUCCUGAAGAAGAUCAUUGACACUGGAACUUGAGCUCAAGCGUUUUGUGUGAAAACACAUCUUUACUUUUUGGUUUUUAAGUUUCAGUGAUGCCUUAACGUUCUGAUAUCAUCUUCAUGUGCUUAUUUUCAUAAACGUUCGUUAUCUCAACCUCAUUUUUGUUUUAAUCCUAUCUUAAUUUACCUCUGUUUUACCCCAUCCCUCUUUGUUUUCUUGUUUGACAUUCAUUUCUUAUUUCUGCUCAUUUCAACUUGUUGCACCACCGUUCUCCAGUUCUUCUUCACAGCACUGUACCUCAGUGACAGUCCAGCGCCAGGAUGUGCUGUGUUGUUUGUUGCUUCAGGUUCUGUCCGCUCUGUUCCAGGUAUGUUGUAAAAAUGAUACUUUGUGCUCUUUGUGUGCCUCUCAUCCACAUCGAGAUAGACUUUGGGGGAUACCUUAAAAAAAAAAACAACUAAAAAAUCAGUCUACCAAUGUAGACAAGUAGAGAUUUUGGAAAUGCUAAAAUACCAGCCUAGUUCAUUCUCUCUCACCAUCUGUGCUUAAAAUAAAAAACUAGCGGUGGAGCCGUUUGUAGAGGCUUUCCCAAUAUUUCCCACUUCCAUAUUGUUCCAUGAAACCUUCAAGCAUGAGCUGAAAGGCUUAAACUCUGUCUGUAAUAACUGAUGUAUCACUGUGAGCUUGAUGGAAAGUCAAUAAAUCCUCAGAGCGGAGGAAGGUUCCAGUUUCAGCAGACUUUACUAUUUAAAACUUGGCUUUAUUUUUUUUCUUUGCUUUCAACCAAACAACUUGAACGUAUAGUUUGCUCUCGUUUUGAUGUCCGGAAACUAGUGGAGGAAUGACGUCGUUUUUCUGCCCUGGUCUUGUAUAAAAGGCUUCAGCACAACUUUCCAAAGAAGAGACAACCCGGAAUCAAAGCCUGAGUUCAAGCCUGGAUUUACAAUUUGACCUUCAAAAGUUACAAAAGCAAACAGACACACUGAUGGAGAUGUGUGAGGAUCAGCAAAACGAAUGGCAGUUAUGCCCCCUUGUGGCAAUAAUGACCGAUGAGUCACAAGGCACCGAUUCACACUGGAUGUCAAUACUAAUGCUAUGAAAUGUCUGCUGUCAAAAAAAAAACAGAAAAAAAAAAUUCUUCAUAUUAAUGUUUAAAAAUUCUUUGUGAAAUUCUGUUCCUGACUGCAAAUGUUUAAAAUGUUUGUUGCUCAGUUGAAAAA